AUGAUAGUGAUGUUUCUCAAAUUGCUUUUCCUUCUUGUCAUCGGGGUAACCCCUGUUAUUUCAGCACCAUGUAAUACCACCGCCCUCCUUUCCCAACUCAACGCUACGCUUGAUGGCCGAAUCCGAUCUUCUGAGCCUCUUGCGGCGCCUUGCUUCUCCGAACCAGGUGGCGCACGGUGUCUCGCGGUGAAGAAACAACUGAAGACGCCGUUGGGGUUUUACCACAGCAGCAAGUAUCAAGGGUUUCAGUACAUGCAAGGCGAAGCAUGCCUUGCCGAUCCGAGCGAUCAAUGCCUCCUGGAACCGGGCACACUCAAUACUCCAGGAAACGCUUCCUGCAGCCAGGGGCUGGUCUCGUCUCUCUACAUCGAGAUCAAUAAGGCUACCGACGUACCAAAGAUUUUCGAAUACGCACGAAAGUCAGGUACCGCCUUGUCCAUCAAGAACAGCGGCCACGAUUAUGUUAUGCGCAGCAGCCGACGUGGCUCUCUGGCAAUUUGGACCAGAGGCCUCCAAGAGAAGGAGUUCCAUGCGUCGUUUGUUCCGGCUGGUUGUUCUAGCAGCCGCCCGACCACUGCUAUCACGUUUGGGGCCGGGGUAAACACCGACGAAGCAGUCACUUUUGCUCACGACAACGGUUUCGUCUUCGACGGGGGUAGCGCGAGCACCAUCGGUGUUUCAGGCGGCUGGCUCCUCAACGGCGGCCAUAGUGUGCUCUCUAACAGCAUUGGGUUGGGCGUGGACCGCGUGGUUCAGUUGACCAUCGUCACGGGGGACGGGGAAGUUCGGAUUGCCAACGAGUGCCAGAACUCGGAGUUGUUUUGGGCCCUUCGGGGUGGCGGGAGCGGUACCUUCGGCGUUAUCCUCAACUCCACAUUCAGAGUCGAGCAGGAAGCCCCCAUGACCGCUGCCAUUCUGGGAUUUGAAGCCAACGCCGCCACCCAAAAACGGUUCGUCGAGAUUCUUGCGGAGAAUAUACAAAGCUGGGCCCUGGAGGGCUGGGGCGGACCCGUGGGGCCAAAUCUCGCAAUUCUCGUCAACCCUCGGAGCGAUAUGAACGUUUCAACCGCAAGCCAGGCGUUGGCCCCUUUGGUGACACACACAUUGGCACAGAAGGGAAAGGCGGAUAUCACGUCGUACGCAAGCUAUUAUGACUUCUACAGAGCCGUGAUCAACGGCAGCCAUGCCGCAUUUGUCCCUGUCAGUAUGGCUGUCAUGGUCACCAGUCGGAUCAUUCCCGAGACUGUCUUCGCCAACGAUACAACAAGAGCGAGCAUGGUGGAUGUCAUCAUGGACCUCCAGAAUUCGGGAUUGGCGGUGUCCAUGUUGUCCACCAUGCCGUUUCUCUACGGCCGCAACCAUACACACCACACAACAUCAAUGCAUCCAGCUUGGUAUCGCUCUGUAUGGUCUGUGAUAGGAUAUGCUAUGUGGAAAGCCGAUAGCCCCUUCGCGGAAAGGCAAAAAACAGUCACCUUGCUGAAGGAAGGGACCGAAAGCUUGAAGAAACUCGCGCCGGAGGGAUGCACGUAUGCUAAUGAGGGUUAUGCUUGGCUUAGUGACUGGUCACAAGAGUUCUGGGGCGACAACCACGCCGCUCUUCUGGAACUCAAAAGACGGUAUGACCCUGACCAGCUUUUGAGUUGUUGGCAUUGUGUUGGCUGGGACGAGUCGCAGCCGAACUACGAGUGUAUCUCGGGACUGGCUCCGAGAAACGAUUGA